AUAAAUCUAUGUGCUAUUAUUUUUUACAUCAUUUUGAUAUUUAUAUCUAUUUACUGGUAACAUGAAGUCAGUAUUGAUGUUGUAUCUUGUUGUGUGAAGUAAUGUUUAUGACAAAGUUAAUACUCCAUACAUUUAACAGGUCGUUGUCAUCAGCCAAAUCGUCGACUUCCACAAAACGUCUUGAAAUCAUAAAAACCUCCAGGGAUGCUCGCUAAUAACUCUAUACUUUAAUAUAUAUUAGUCUACAAAAGAAUUAAACUGACUACAUUGUCAAUAAACUGACAGAAUGGACCGAACCUACUCUUAUUCAAUGUUAAUUAAAUGGCUUGACACGUUCAAUAUUGAAGCUCCAUACCACAACACGGAAGAAUUAAGCACGGGAAUUGCCAUGUCGCAAAUCUUAAAUAAAAUUGACCCCAAAUUCUUCCAUGACCAGUGGCUGAUGUCCAUGUAUUCGGAUCCAGGAAACAAUAGAAAACAACGGGCAGCAAAUUUACAAAAGAUUCUGAGCAGAGUCCAAGAGUUUUUUUCCAGUUUACCAAAUUUACGUAACAGAGGAUUUCCCCUGCCAGAUAUUAACGCUAUUGCUGAAACUAGCAGCAUGAAAGAAUUGGUUUCUUUCCUGCAGCUGAUUCUUGUGUGUGCAAUGUAUUGUGAAGAAAAUACACACAUACACCAAAUUAUGGAAAUGGAGGAAUCUGUACAACAAGUGGUUAUGCAACUCCUAAAAGAGGUUGUUAAUGAAGAUGGUACCUCCAGUAUGAAUGAUAGUUUCUCAGCAAUUAGUGAUCUUUCCAAGUAUUACUCUCAGAAUUUUGAUCCUGAAGACAAUGUUGAUGGAUCUUACCAACUUGGACGUGCAGAUGAUCAGCUAAGACGUACACUUGAUGAACUGCGAAAUGUCAAAGAAGCCAACGAAGAAUUAACGAAACGUUGCCACUUCUUGGACGAACAAAUGACUUCUUUGCAAGAUGAGAAAAUCACACUGUCUUCUGAAGUCGACAGAUUAUCAGAACGUUUGAACCAAGCAGAAAAUCUUGAUGAUCCUGGAACUCCAGCUGGCCGGCGCUGUCAACAGUUACAGCGACAAACUGAACGUCUACAAGAAGAAGUUCUUAAACUGGAAUCUGCCAGAGAUAAUUGCAUUGCUCGCCUUGAUAUAAUGACUGAAGAGUUUCGAGACCUCCAACAAAAGAAUAUAGAACUCAAUCAACAAGCAGACGAAGCAAGAUCAUUAAAAGAUGAAGUUGAUGAACUUCGAUACUUAGCUUCACAACAAGCAAGAAAUGAAACAUUAAUUCAGUCCUAUAAAAGAAAACUUGAGGAAAUGGGUGAACUAAGAAAUAAAGUGAAUGAACUACACGAAAGUAAUAACAAACAUAUUGAAGAAAAAAUUUCUAUGGAAACGGAAUUGCGCAAGUUCACCCAGCAGAAGUCUCAACUGGAUUUGAUGGUGAGUCAGAUAACCAAACUUGAGAAUGACCUUGCAUACCAAACCCAGAGAGCUGAUAAAAAUGAAGUGGAUUACCGAAUGGCUAAAAAUAAAUUAACUAAUCUCCAAAAAGAAAAAGAGAAAUUGGAGAACGAACGGGAUGCUAUGAAAGAAGUUAUUGAAGAAGAUCAAGAAAGAAGCUGUACUUUACAGACCCUGACCAGUUUGGAACAUCAAGAAAAAUUUGUCGGUUCUCUCUUUACAGAGACUGAAAUGCUCUCAAUUCCUCUAAAUAUUAAGGAGAAGUUGAUGAGGCUUGCCAUUGAGAAUCGAGAUUUGAAAUCUUCUCAGUCGGGGGAUGAUGAGCAAUCGGAAAUGCUUCGCAAGAUGCUAGACGAGAGCAACUCUAAACGAAAUGAACUUGAAGCUGACUUACGUUUGUCAAGGCAGAAGAAUCUAGAACAACAAGCGCUUCUCGAAGAGCUUCAAGUUAGUCAAACAACUGCAGAUGUUACCUCAACUGAACUCACAGAAUUGAAAAAGGUCAUAUCAGAACAGAAACGUCAGGUACAAAGUGUAGAGACAGAAGUGUCGGAGAAGAAACAUCAGAUCGAGGAAUUGGAUCGACAACGCUCUCUUGAUGCUGAACAAAUCCAUCGGCUUCAAGAACAACUGAAUAAGAAAGAUGAUGAACUGAAGAAGAUGGAGGAGAUGUACAGACGUUACUUACAAAAGGCUAAAGCUGUAUUCAAAUCCCUUGACAUCAAACAAAAUCCUGCUUCCGGCCCAGAAGUUCAAGCACUUCGUAACCAAUUAGAUGAGAAACAGAAGUUGAUUGAUCAUUUAGAGAAAGAUUAUGAGAAGAGCAAAGUUAUGCGAGAGGAAGAAGAAAAGUUAAUUAUAACAGCAUGGUAUAAUCUGAGUCGGCAGUUACAGCGACGAGCGGUGGAUGAGAAAUUAAGUCACAAUAACUCGGGCCAGUCAUUUCUCACUAAACAGCGACAAGUUCAUGGCCGCAGGAUAUAAUGGACGUCUUUCCCGAACAACAGCCCUAAUUCCUCAUUCAGCUGGCCUUCAUUGAUUUGUUUCGUUGUUUUUUUUUCUAACCUGUUCUGGUUUCGAACUCCAACUGUCAUCUUGGUGCUGGUUAUAAGAUGACUGUUACAUCGUGUAUAUAUAUACAUAAAUAUAUAUAUAUAUAUAUAAAAUAUAUUAUAUUAGCUAACAACAUCACAUUGAUGGGAACAAAGACUUACAGUCAUUUGAUAUCAGCACUCUGCUACAAUUAUUGUACAGAUACCACUAACUUACAUUAUUCUACAACAAAUACCACUUCAUGCAUUAUUAAAUUAAUUAAUGUGUGUAUGUGUAAUCUUUUUAUAUGUGUAUGUGUCUGUGUAUGUAUGUGUGUGUGUAUAUGUGCAUAUAUAUAUAUAUAUAUAUAUACACACACAUGCGCACAUGUGUGUGUGUGUAUGUAUGUAUGUAUAUAUGCGUGUGUGUGUGUAUAAAUAUAUGUGUAUGUAUGUAUAUAUAUAUAUAUAUAUAUAUAUAUAUAUAUCAUUAGUGAAUUCACCACCAUUACACACUCACACAUAUACAUACAUAUAUAUAAACAUACAUUCUGAAGUGUAUAUAUUGACAUAAACAUUUCAUCUGUUUCUUCUCCUUGUUACCACUUCCCACUCACUCAUUUGUGCAUUAUUACAUUAAUCAAUGCUUUUGUGCAUAAAUUCAUCCCAGUGCAGUUUUAGUGUAUAUAAAAUGAGGGGUGUAGAUGGAGAUUUUUGGACAAUGUAAAUAUAUAUAUAAAUACGAUUGCUGCUUUCAAGGUCUGAAGAAAGAACAGUGUUCAGAAAUGUUCCACCAACCAUUCACAGAUUAGAUUCCAUUUUCUUCCACUCUUUCUCAUUUUAUUUUCAUCUUCUGCCAACGAACCCCAGACACUAAUUCACAAAUUCUUUUACAUUUCAGAAACAUGUUAGCUUUUUGGUUGGUUUUUUUUUUAAGCUAAUCAAGCUUUCAAUUUCUCAGCUUAUCUUUAAUUAUUUUUUAUUUAGAGUUAAUUCUGUUAUUUACUAAUUGCUGCUUAUUUCAUGGUUUAAUUUGAUUUGAGUGAAUGAAAAAGAGGAAAAUAAAAAGUGGAGAUUAUUAUAGUUUCAACCUAACAAUUCAGAUCUAGAUCUACAUUUAUUGAAAUACUGACAUCAAAAAUAAUUCAGCAAAAGAUGUUCUCUUAAAAAACGUUUUCCUCUUAAAUUCAAAUAUCUUUACAUUUCAUCUACAAAAUUUCUUCAAAAUGUCUUUCAAAGUAAAUACUUAACUAAAAGAUGAAGAAAAAAAAUAACUACAGAUAUUUUCUUAUUUACAAAAUUUCUCCUUGAAAUUUUGCCAGAAUUUUAGCAGAGUAUUUUAAGAUUUAGUGAAACAUUUUAAGAGUUAAAUCUAAGUUGGUUUACUUUUAGAAAGACUUUAGCUCUGUCGAAUUUUUAUCUUUUUUUUUUUUUACUUAAAACUGUGACAAUAUCGGCCACACUUGCAAUUUAGUAUCACACUUAACAUCAAUUCUAAUCUUAUAAAUGGAGCUCUUUUAUUAAACAGGGCUGCAAUAUUCACACAAAUGUUGACACCAAUUUUGCUUUUUCUGGAUUCAUUUUUAACAUUUGAUUAUUUCACAUGUGCCUCGGCCAAUAUAAUUUUGGUUGUAAUCCUGACUAUUUAAUUGUUAGUUCUUAAUUAAAUGUCACCUUGUUUUUUCACACAAUUUUUAUGUUGCAAAGACAAAAGAUGUCAUUUGUUCCGUGUUUGUUUGUGUGUGGGUAUUUUUGGUUGAACCUAUUUACAUGUGUAUUUAUUGUGUGUGUAUGUGUAUAUACAAUUGAUGUAUGGCUCUGUGUUUGAGUGAUUUGGAGCAUUCUGUAAAUUUUGUUGCCUCCAACUCCAAAUAUUUCCAUUGUGAAGUAGUUGUGUUAUCAACCAGAGACACAUUAAGGUAAGCAGAAAUUAUUUCAAUGUAAAGUGCUUAAACAACACAGAUAUUCUUGUGUAAAAACGAUUUUGUUGUGAAAAUAUAAACUUUAAAUCCUCUCCUU